AUGUUCACCACAAGGGAAUCCACUGUUCGUGAAGAUUUUAUCACAGUUGGCAGGGUCAAGACUGCUGUUCUCAAGCUAGGGCAUCUUAGAGGCAACCCUGAGAAUGGCAAUCAAGUACUGAUGUUAAUUAUACCUGGCAAUCCAGGUGUCCCUCACUUUUAUGAAGACUUCAUGCAGGAGCUUUAUCGGCAUGGCCGAGAACGAAUUCCUGUGUGGACCUUGGGUCAUGCUGGCCAUAUCAAACCACCUGGUGGAACAAUGAGUUUAUCUGAUGUUUAUUCAACUGAGGAAAACCUGUUCGGUCUACAAGCCCAGAUUUCCCACAAGGUGACUUUUGUCAAAGAACACAUACCCCCAUAUGUCUCCCUGAUAUUAAUUGGACAUUCUAUCGGUUGUUACAUGAUCCUAAACAUGUUGGACCAGCUAACAACCAGCCAAGUACUGCAUUGUUUUAUGUUGUUCCCUACCAUAGAACGUAUGGCCUUAUCUCCCAGCGGCCAGUUUAUGACACCAAUCUUACGCCAUCUACGCUGGCUGGUUGUCAUGGCAGCUUCAUGCUUCAGCAUCCUACCAACAAGAUACCGUCUGAGCCUGAUCCAGUGGUGGUUCAGACGUGAAGAUUACCCAGACUGCUUGAAAAAGGCUGUGUUGGAGACUUUUACACCUUUUACUGCUAACUUUGUUACGUAUUUGGCUAAAAUAGAAAUGAAUAUGGUAACUGAGCUUCAGAAGGAUCUUCUACAGAAGCAUUGCAGUAAGUUGAGUUUAUACUAUGGGGCUUGUGACCACUGGGCACCGAAGGAGUAUUAUGAUGAUUUGAUCACAGAGUUUCCCAAUAUGGAUGCCCGUUUAUGUGAACUCGGUCUGAAGCAUGCUUUUGUGCUGCAAGCUCCAGAAAACAAAAAGAUGGCCAAGAUAGUUUGGCAGUGGGCUCAGUCUCACUGCAAGAAUGUAUUACUAGAUACAGGCGGUGAAAUGUGA